AUGAACAAUCUGUGGCGGAGGAUCGGCAAAAGGAAGAGCAGCAGCAGUAAAUCGUCGUCGGACAAAAAUGCGACUCAGAACAAGCUGGUGUUGUUGGGGAACCCGGCAAAGAGGUUCGAUUGGGAGGAUGUUAAGAGGGCCAAUUGGGAGGUGUUGGGGGAAGGGACGGUCGGGACGACUUACAAGGUUGAUCUGGAGGACGGGACCACCACGGUGGUCGUGAAGAGGCUCAAGGAUGUUGUCUUGUCGGCCGAGGAUUUCCAGGACGCGGUCGAAGCUUUGGGAGCGAUGGACCACGAGAACCUGCUCCCUCUGAGGGGCUACUACUACAGCAAAGACCAGAAGUUGCUCUUGUACGAUUACAUGCCCCUGGGAAGCUUGUCGGACCGAUUGCAUUUUGAAUACGAUGAAUGGCGACGGCCCUCCCUGAGCUGGGAAGUCAGGCUUUCGAUUGCCCUCGGAGCUGCCCGGGCCAUCGAGCACCUGCACGCCCAACGUCGUCCCAAUGACCACCACGGGAACAUCAAGUCAUCCAACGUCCUCCUCACGCCGUCCUACGAGGCCCGGGUCUCCGAUUGCGGCCUUGCCCUCCUCGCAAGGUCUUCCCAGUCGGGUGGGGCCCACCCGUUACUGGCGGAUGUGUACGGCUUCGGGGUGUUUCUUCUGGAGCUCCUGACCGGUAAGCGGCACACCCUGCCCCGCCUAUGGGAGGAAGGUGUCGAUCUUCCUGCGUGGGUCCAGUCAGUUGCUCGUGAGGAGGGGACUGCUCAAGUUCUUGAUGCGGAGCUGACUGAGCUCUGGGACGUGGCGAUGAGAUGUGUAUCCUCGAAUCCGCAUAGGCGCCCUUGGAUGUCUAUCAUACGGAAAAAGAUCGAGGAGCUGUGUAGCCAUGUCGGACAGCAAGGUGGGGACUCACAGUCCGACAAGGUCAGCGAAGGGACCGACUGUGAGUCCCCAUCUUCUUUGCUUAUUCCUAGUCCAGACGAAGACAGGGACUCUCAGCUCGGCCAAUUCAGCGAACUGAACAAUGAUAUGUAUACUCGGUGA